UAAGAAAGACCAGUUUCUUAACUAGAUUUUUGUAACAGAUGAACAAUUUAACGUAAUAAAACUUAAAACAAAGUUUGGACAGUAAAUACAUAACAGACGAAAACCGAAACAAAACGAACUGUCCAUGCUGCGCUUGAUUUUACAAAGUGAGCAAACACAAAGGAGAUAAAUCUAGAACAGUUCUUGAACAGGACAAUGUUAACAAACAAAAUCAACAGAGCGGGUGAAAGUUUCACAGCUAAGAAGUCGAAACUGUGUAUACAAUGUCGGUGGAGAGCAGCGAGCUCUAACAAGCCGGCCAUCCGAACUUGUUAAACGUGGCCGGGGAGUAAUUCACCGAAGCGGUCUCUAACUGAACACUCAGACAGUUUGGGGGCGUUCGCGGCUGUGUGUGGCAAGGCUGGGAGCACAGAUUUGUUUCUGCAUGGCAGCCCGCAGUGCUGGUGACGCGCGCCGCCCGGCCCGUGGAUGAUGGAGGCGCAGUCGCUGGGCCGGGCUCGCCAGGCGCCCGCCGCGAGGAACCACAUUGUCUACACCGACCAUAAAGGACGAAAAAUACCGUACGCUGACAAAAUCACUCCCGAGCCGAUCCUGCACAACAAUACGAGUCGGGACACAAAAGCCGACUCGAUCAGGAACAGCUACAACAGCCAGUUCAAAGUGGGCAUCUACGGCUGGAGGAAGAAAUGCCUCUACAUUCUGGUUACUGCGUUAAUGCUCAUGAUGAUCAUCAAUCUGGCGCUGACGCUGUGGGUACUUAAGGUGCUGGAUUUUAAUUCGGAGGGAAUGGGCCAACUUCGCAUCGUACCCGGAGGCUUACAACUAUUGGGACAAGCUCUAAUGUUGGACUCUCUGUUCGCAUCCACCAUCAAGUCACGUCGAGGAUAUCCAAUUUACAUGGAAGCUUCUCGAAAUUUUACCGUUUCUACUAGAGACUCGCACGGAAUGCUACAGAGUAGAUUAUAUCUAGGUCACGAUCGUUUGGAGUUAAAUGUUGCCCGGCUAGAGGUGCGCGACGCUCGGGGGGCACUGCUGCUGGGCGCCGGGCAGGACUCGGUGACAGUGGGCGCCGACACGCUGACCGUGGUCAGCCCCGCCGGCGUCACCGUACAAGCCGCCGCGCAGACACCCCUAGUCAAAGCCCCCCCUUCAAAACCAUUGGUGCUAGAGUCACCGACGCGUUCGCUAGAGAUGCACGCGGCACAGAACAUAGCGCUGGAGUCGCGCGCCGGGGACAUCAGCGCCAGCUGCCUCACCACUUUCCGCAUCAGAUCGGUCGCCGGCGCGAUUCGUCUCGACGCACCCAGUAUAUUUAUGCCAAAGUUAAAAUCGGCGUUGCCACUGCCCCCGUCAGCAGCGCACACGCACGACCCCCAUCAUCAGAACAUUUACCAGCUGUGCGCAUGCGCGAACGGCAAGCUGUUCCUCGCGCCGCCGCACGGCGUCUGCGCAGCUCGGGAAGAGAGCCUUAUAUGCCGAUGAUGAAUUUAUAUUGUGAUCCUGUGACAUUGUUGUUCAUUGACGCUUGUUACGUAUUACUUUCGCGGGUUUACAUGCGCUAUGUAUGUUAAGAAGUCUGUACGAUCUUAGUUUAUAGUUGAUGUGGCAACGUUGUGUUCCAAGACUUUAUAGCUAUGAAUGGAUUUACAUGAUUAUAGAUACGGAUGUAGGAAUCAAGCCGAAGGACUUUGAAUUGUAAUCAUGACAUAGCUUGUUUUCGAUUGCUAGAUAAAUAUGAUAUCAAAAUGAAAUGCUAGAUAAAUAGUUAUGAUGACACAACUUAUGAUAAUAAUAAACCAAUAACACGUUAUCUCAAGUCAAAUAAAUUGCUAGACAAGGUGUUAUUUUUUAAGUCACCUGAUUGCAAUUUGAAGUCCAUUUAAUACGCGCUCGAUGGGUUUGUAAAGUCUCAGCCGGUUGUGCUUAUCGUUAUAAACUGUGACAACUUGUGUUAAUUGCUUCGAAAUAAUAUUAUUGUUACUAACGAAACACGUAAAUCUUACAUGUUUGAUGGACAUAAUACCCUCAAAGAGUUUUAAUAUAAUAUUAGGUAACAACGAUGUCAAAUAACUGUAACGUAGAACGAAUUAUAAAUAGGUGUAAUGUUUGAGCCCCAUGUUAGUGUGUUAUACUUGAUUUAUAUGUGUGGGUGUAUACGCAGUCCCUUUACAGAGAUUGCCAUAAAUUGGUGGUGUGCUUCACCCACUGUGUGCACCAGAAUAAUUAUGUGUUUGUGUAGCCAAUCGCUACAGAUAUUUCUUCGAAGUUUGUGUAUCACGUUCCUGGUUCAAAUAGCGAGGCUUAUAAACGUGGAACCUUCACUUUUUAUGUAUAAAUGUGUAUUUAGUUUUCAGCUUAUUACUCUAACUUUAAACUCAUGAACUAUAACUACAACUACAACGACUUUCGGAAACGUAUCAAUUCAAAUCUAUUAUAAUAAUAAAACCUAGUGCCUUUUGGAUCGCGUUUAGAAUAACGAUUGGCUGAUCGAACUUCAAUUCAUAUUUUGUUAUGCGUGUUGAAUCAAGUUUCAUCUGAUUUUAACGUUUACCACUUCUGAUGUUUGCCGAACGUAUUUGCGAACUCACAAAUCAAUUUGUUUUAUGUAAUAUUUGAAAUGUUAAUGUUAAUUUUGUUUAUAGAAGUUUGUUAACGAAACAAUCGGUUAUUUGUAUAGCGUUUUCCGCUUAUCUAUAUUUUAUUGAAUAGUCUAUUACUAUAUUUUCGUGUGAAAAUGUUCUCGUUUAUUUAUCACUAUUCGUAUAGUUAACUUCCCUUGAUGUAAAACCACUAAAAGGUUUUAUUCUUUUCUAAAGAAAUGUAUACAAUAUUCAGAGAAAGUCAGGAACUUCUUCAUGAGAAUGAAAUGUAUGUUUACAAUUGUAAUAAAGUCUUAUUUUUCGGCUAAAAGGGUAAGUUGACGGGUCGACGUGUCAUAGGGAACAUUAUUAUAAACAAUUAUACGCAAUACUUGUAGUAAUCAAUUAUGUAUAGACUUCGUGUAGAGAUUUAUAUGAUGUAUAGCUAAUCUGUUACGCAUAGGAAAAUGUAUAUUAGACGUAAACAUUUGUUGAUAUUGUUGUAAAUAUAUGUAAUUACUUAAGUAAAUAUGCAUAUUAUGUCGAUGUGACUUUA